GGGGCCAGGGGCUCAGCUGGCGCCAGCGGGCAGAGGCGGAGCGGGGCGCGAUGGAGGAGCUGCGGCAGCUGCGCGUGGGCUUCAUCGGCGCGGGCCGCAUGGCCGGCGCCGUGUCCCGGGCGAUGCUGCUGGCAGGAGAAGUCCAAGCAGUGAAUAUCCUGGCCAGUGCUCCAUCCAACAGGAAUCUGGACAAAUUCCAGAGCUUUGCCUGCAAGACGACCCACUGUAACCUGGAGGUGUUGGAGAACUGCUCCUUUGUCUUCCUGGCCACCAAACCCCACAUCCUCCCAGCCGUUCUGCGAGAGAUUGCCCCUGCAGUCACCUCCAGGCACGUCCUCAUUUCCAUGGCUGCCGGAGUUCCAAUCCAGACCCUCGAAGAGCUGCUUCCCGCAGGAGCGAAGGUCCUGCGGAUCAUGCCCAACCUGCCUUGCGAGGUGCAGGCGGGGGCUGUUCUUCUCGCGCGAGGCAGCUCUGUGGGAGAAGAAGAGGCUUCCCUGCUGAAGACGCUGCUGUCCCCCUGUGGGCUGUGCGAGGAGGCGCCCGAGUCCUACAUCGACGUCCACACGGCGCUGAGCGGCAGUGGCGUGGCUUACGUCUAUAUGUUCGCGGAAGCGCUGGCAGAAGGUGCUGUGAAGAUGGGAAUGCCCGGCCCCCUGGCCAACAAGAUUGCAGCUCAGACUCUGUUGGGGGCCGCCAAAAUGAUCUUGGAGACAGGGGAGCACCCUGCUGUUCUCCGAAGUGCCGUUUGCACUCCAGGUGGCACGACCAUCCACGCCUUGCACGAGCUGGAGAAGGGGUCCCUGCGAGCUACGGUCAUGAACGCUGUGGAGGCGGCCACCAGUCGGGCUCGGGAACUGGGCAACAGAUAGCAGGCGUGCCAUGGGGGUUGGUGAUACUUUUCCAGUCAAAGACAUCCCCCCAGGUGUGGGUGGGCCUCCCUCUUGCCCAUCAGCUCCACCUCUGCAGCUGGAGGAACAAGGGACCAUUGCAUUCUACCCAAAGGAAAUUGGCAAGACUGCCUGGCAUUGUGGGUGCUCAUGGACAUUGGCCAGGGGGUGAGGGUGGGAGUGACAUCAUCAUGCAAACGAUGCGAAGUAGGUAAUCGACAAAAGCUGUAAUUCUGCCAUGCAUGAUGACGUCAUGAAAUGCAUGUGACAUCCAGACCCUCACGUGCCUCCUGUGACUUUAUAUGAUCCAUUCCAAACGUUUCCGUUGGAGAAAUAAACAGCAGUGGCCCUGUUGCUGCCUAAGA